CCCAUCUCUACUUUUUCAUUAGCAUCACCGAUGACGAAUUGCUCCGCAUCGGCUCUCAGUAUGGCGAGAUCAUCAGCCACAAGGCCAUCAUCAGUUCGGAGACUGGCUUGUGCAAAGGCUACGGCUUCAUCAUGUAUGCUCGCGCUCGCGAUGCUGCGGUGGCCAUCGUCGAGCUGCAGAAGAAGGGUUUUCAGACCUCCUUUGCACGACAUGAGUCAUUCAGUGCUAAGCUUCGCAUGAUGUCCGACUCUCGCUCGACCAACGUCUACAUCAGCAACCUGCCAUUGGCCAUGGGAGAAGAGGAACUCGAGGCUUUGGUUCGACCUCACCAGAUCAUUAGCCGUCGCAUUCUCACCAAGCCUGACGGCACUAGCCGCGGCGUGGGCUUCAUCCGCUUUCAAUCGCGCGACAUCGCCCAGAGCUGCAUCGACCUUCUCCACGGCCGACGUCUCGAUGGUCACCCCCAUCCACUCCAAGCCCGCUUCGCCGACAGCGAGAGCCAAAAGCGCCUCAAGCAGGACACGACUCUCCGCAAGAUCUAUGCCGACUUGGACAUGGGCGUGCUCCGAAGCCCCUCUGGCCACAAUCUCCGCCCCACUCCUUUGAGCAACAACAACGUCUGGGCCUCUGGUGCCAACUAUGGCGCUGGUCGCUAUGGCGUCGUCCCUCAUGGCGCUCAAGUUGCAUCGUCUGCCAUGCAAGCCAUGACGGGAGCCAUUCCCAUGCGCUUCACCAACAGCGAGCCAGGCAUGCCACGCCACGCGGGACAGCGAAUCGCCAACAAGCAUCAGCACCUUCACCAGCAGAUACAUCACAACCAGCAACAGCAGCAGCACCAGCAGCUCAUGCGUGCUGCUGGCCAGUACAGCGCGGCCGUACCCAUGAGUGCCACGACGUCCAACGCUAGUUUCUAUCCUGGCGCACCAUUCACCGGUACCCCACCUACGUCGAUGUCGCCCUGGGUCGCUGCCAGCGGCGGCGGCGUUAUUGCUACCACCGACACCGACAUAGGAGUUGCUUCGGGCCUCUGGACGCAGCCCGGAUCACCUCUGCAGCCCAUCUUCAAUGCGCAGACUGCUGCUAACAUGGGACCCAAUGGCUGGCUGCUCCCCUCAUCGACGGCUGCCACGGCGGUCGGUAUCAAGUCAGCGCCCCAGGUCGACAAGACCAAGGCUGUCAACAACCGACUCUGGAGCCCGUUGCUGUCCACGGAUGGCAAUCUCGCCCCUGCUAGCCCUUCGAUCGAUGGCAGCACUGUUGGAACCAACACGACGUUCAACUCUCCCGUCUUCCCUGCCAACGAAGGCAGUUUCGCCAGCAUGGCCAAGCCUGCUCAGUGGGUCGCGCCCACCUUCAAUGCGGUGCCCCGCAUCCGCAUGGCCGAUGGCACCGAGUCUAGCGCUUUGGAGCAGAAGCACCUCGGCUCACUCCUUACCAGCGGCAUCAACGGAGGCAGUGGUGGUCUCGGUGACGGUGCUGCUACUUCUGGCACCGGCAAUGGCAACGCCAACCAACAGGACUGGCUCCAGCACUACGCCCUCAAUGGCGAUGCAGCAGUCAUGAUGUACCCGCCGGAGCUCAACUUCGUACGCGCCAGUGGCCAGACGUCAGCUGUGCCUAUCAUCAACCCUCAGACGGGGCAGCGCUUUCAGGGCAAGUCGUCUACAGGCAACGAAGCGGAUGACGCCAUGUCUGAAGCUCAUGCCUCGUCUGGCUCGCACGAGCAGCAGCAACGUGGGAUGCAGGAGAUGGGCACCAGCAAGUCGACGCCUAAUGCGUUGUCCGACAUGGCGGCUACGCCUACAAUCGCCUCGUCGGUCAGCGCUCCCACUGGCCUCAACCAGCAGCAGGGCCACUAAGGGCAUCCGCGAACUCAAUCGUCAAGAAGUUCAAUCAGCAGCUCAAGUCCUGCCGCCUAUGACAUCAAGCAGCCAGUGUAGAUCAAGCUCAUGCCCAAUAGAGCCUUUCAUCAACCGCACUACCAGACUCCAGCGACAUUAUGAGACCAAUCUGGCAGACUUCCGCUUGCCUCACGAUGCUUGCGCGUCACGCUCUCCACUACAGACAGCGCGCACACCUCGAUCCCAGCCCACACCUCUCCUCUCGACUCAUCCCUAUUCUGCUCUUCGUCUUCAGUUCCUCUAUCCCAUUCUCCUCUGCUGUCAGCCACAGCCUUCCCACUCCCU